AUGCACAGACGCUCGUCCGGCUCUCCUGUCGAGGACGAAGAUUCCUCGGUAUCCCGGACAGACGAUCAUGGGCCGAAUGCCAUCGACGAGAAAACUCGAUCCCAAAUAGCACAGCGCGGAACCAGCUUUGAUCUUCGCCGCGACGGUAGCGCGACGCCGCGCUCCCGAAACUCCAGCAUGUGGCGCACCCCGUCCUCCCAACCUUCCAACGAUACAAAGACGAUGCCAUUGGGCUCCCCACGGCUUCCAAUGGAAGCUCCCUCCCCAGAUGGUCGGCGGGCGCGACAAGCCCGUUUGCGCAGUCCGUGGUCCUGCUCUAUCCUGACGGCCUUCACGACCUGUGUCGCUGUUGCGGUUUUGGUCUCCAUUGUGACUUCGUUCACCGGUCGGCAGGUGGGUGGGGAUGGUUGCGGCGUUCCGAUGAUGAGUCCGACGUUUAUUCGCAUGUUGGAAUUCGACACGGAGCACACUCGCUUUGCAAGCAAAUACAAUCUUUUCGUCUACCGGGAGGAAGGCGUGGAUCCGUAUACUCGUGAUAAUAUCGGGUUGAACGGUGUACCAGUUCUGUUCUUGCCUGGCAAUGCGGGCAGCUACCGACAAGUCCGGUCCCUGGCUGCAGAGGCCUCGCGACAUUACUACGAUGUGGUUGGGCACGAUGAGAGCCGCCAUGCGGCCGGAACGAGAAGUUUGGAUUUCUUCAUGGUGGACUUCAACGAGGACAUGGCGGCGUUCCAUGGCCAGACUUUGUUGGACCAGGCGGAAUACGUCAACGAGGCGAUAUCUUAUAUUCUAUCACUUUACCACGACCCCCGACGAACCCGACGAGAUCCAGGGCUACCGGACCCCAGUGCAGUCAUCCUCAUUGGACAUUCCAUGGGUGGAAUUGUCGCACGAACUGCGUUGACGAUGGCAAACUACCAAGCCAAUUCCGUCAAUACCAUCAUCACCAUGUCUGCACCUCACGCAAAACCUCCUGUCUCCUUCGAUUCCGAUAUCGUCCACACCUACAAACAAAUCAACGAAUAUUGGCGCGACGCUUAUGCGCAGACAUGGGCCAACAACAACCCACUCUGGCAUGUCACUCUCAUCUCCAUCGCAGGUGGCGCGCGUGAUACCGUGGUUCCUUCCGACUACGCUAGUAUCUCCUCUCUCGUUCCUGAGACACACGGAUUCACCGUUUUCACCUCGACAAUUCCCGAUGUUUGGAUCGGAAUGGAUCACCUGUCUAUUACCUGGUGCGAUCAAUUCCGCAAAGCAAUCAUCAAAUCACUCUUUGAAAUUGUCGACGCCCGACGCCCUACUCAGACGAAACCACGAGCGGAACGAAUGCGUGUGCUGAAGCGGUGGUACUUGACUGGCUUGGAGUCAGUGGCCGAGCGUACGCUGCCACAAAAGGAGGCAAAUACUCUCCUGACACUAGAGGACAACGCAAACACCAUCCUUGCACAGGGACAACGGCUGAUCCUGCGCGAAUUGGGCCUGAAGCAUGGCCCCGAUGUUCGGCUUCUGCCAAUCCCUCCCCAGGGUGUUUCCGGCAAAAAGUUCACUUUACUCACAGACCAAUCACUCGAUAAGACCGGAAAUAUCGAGGUCCUCUUUUGCAGCGUAUUCCCACUAUCCAAUGGCCGCUCUACCAACUUCCCGUUGAAUCUUGAUUUCUCUGGCGGCACAGUGGGUUCCACUCGUUUGGCCUGCAAGAGCGCGGCUGAGGAUACCAUUCAUCUGCCCGCCUCGACCACUUCCUCAAAACAUGCUUACGACCGUGAUGCGCCAUUCUCGUAUCUUCAAUAUGACUUGGAGGGGCUUGCGGAACAUCAAUUCGUGGCUGUUGUGGAUAAGGCCAACGUGCCGACUCCAGGCUUCCUUGUUGCUGAGUUCUCAGACAGCUCGGAUGCGAUGAUUCGGGCUAAGGUCGGCUUGGGCGGUCUGCUCAGCGCCGGUCUGAAGAUGCGACUUCCGGCCAAUCGGCCUAUGCUCACCGAGGUGCAAAUCCCCGCAUUGUAUUCGAGUUUGCUCGAUUACCGGUUGAAGAUCACUCGACAUCCUCAGAAGGAGGAGCUAUUUGCUCCAUUGCUCCGGCAAUCCGUCUCCGAUCCUCAUGAGUCGAAGUUCUUCGUCAACGUCAAUGAGGUCAAUGUGAACCUGCACGGCAUGGCGCCGUUCAUGCCCCCUGCCAUCAGCGAGCAGGCCGCUCUCGGGGGUGUGUCCUUCCAUCUUUGGACGGACCCAAGCUCUGGGUCGACAGUCGACAUCGCCCUUCGAGUCGAUCUCACCAGCAGUCUCGGCGAGUUAGUGAUGCGAUACAGAACCAUUUUCGCGGCAUUCCCGCUCCUUGUCGUUGCCCUCGUCCUGCGCAAGCAGUUCCAAGUCUACGAUGAGUUUGGUUACUUUAUCCCCUUCACUGACGGCCUUGACCGUGCUUUGCGGUCUUCUCUCCCCAUUCUGCUUGUGGCCAUGUCAUUGCUGGCUUCCUCCCUGGCUACCUCUAAAGCUCUGCCCCAGACCGACGAGACCUUGCACUGGCGGACAAACUCGACCGAGACCCCUAUCGAUUUCACGAAGAACGAUCUAUUGCUUGGAUCGCAAGAUGCAUUUUUCUGGUUCUUAGUCCCAGUAUUUGGUCUUAUCAGCGUUGGCGUCUGUGUCAUCGUCAAUUACCUCGCCCUUGCCCUUGUCAGCAUUUUCUCCUGGGUCUACAGUGUCUUUCACAGCAAGUCAGGCUAUAUCCGGAGAGAAGACCGGGGUAACCUGCCCAUCUUCCACACCCCCACGCCCCGACGCCGCAUCGUCCACACUGCGAUUCUUUUGGUCCUUGUCUCGACUGUCAUCCCUUAUCAGUUUGCGUAUAUGGUUGCUUGCAUUGUGCAGCUCGCCACAUGUGUGAGGGCACAAUGGCACGCCAAGGACACCAGAUCCACUUCCCACAUGAACUUCGGCAACUAUGCCCACUCCAUCCUCAUCUUGAUGUUGUGGAUCCUACCCAUCAACGUGCUGGUUCUCUUAGUCUGGGCCCACAAUCUCGUUGUGCACUGGUUCAUGCCUUUCUCCUCCCAUCAUAAUGUCCUCUCCAUCAUGCCCUUCCUCAUCCUCGUCGAGACCAUGACCAGUGGCGCUAUGAUCCCACGCAUCACGACCAGGUUCAGACACGUCACCAGCAUCCUCUUUCUCGUCAUCGCCGUCUACUCGGCGAUCUACGGCGUCUCCUACGCUUACCUCCUCCAUCACCUAGCCAACCUCCUCGCAGCCUGGUUCGUGGGGAUUUACCUUGUCGGCAACAACUUCUCCCCUCGCCGUCUAUGGCGUAUCAUCGAUGGCGACGAAUUACCAUCCGAAACGGGGAGUAGUCACGUUAAGAAGAAGCCAUGA